GUACCUUCACAUAUGUAUAUAUAAUAACCCUACCCCCUUCCCACAUAUCAAUGUAAUAUAUCCAAUCAUUUUAGCCUUUAUUUGUAAUAAUUAAAUAAGAAGACUUGAGAGAAAGAAAGAGUAUAGUAGAAGCAGUACAAAAAAGACGACGAGGAAGAAAGGAGGAAUCAGAAGGUGAAACGUACGACGAGAAGGAGGUGGAGUCGUGUAUUCAUCCGUUCAUUCAUUCGGCUUUAUAUGUGUUUUAGAGAUAACCGAAAAGUCAGCUAACUUCAAAGAUAAAAUUAAUCUCUUUACCACCAUCAUCACAGUAGAGCAAUAAUGUUGAUUAGUCAAAAAAAUUCAAAUUUAUGUUUCACAGAUAAAUCUUCAUUAUCACCGUUGAAAACAUCUAUUAUCCUGUCGAAAACAUCAUCAUCAUCAACAACAUCUCCAACAACAGAAUCUCCUAUCAAUGAUACAACCAGUAAUCAUAAUGAAUUCAACCCGGAGGUAUCUAGAUCACAAGUAUUAUUAUUGAAUAGAUCUCAUUACAAUUUGAAUGAUUCACUGAGCACUACUCCUAUAACGACGACUACACCUAUGCCUACUCCAACUCCUACUUCUACUCCUAUGAAUACUUCAUGUAAAUCACCGAUAUCACCGACAACACUAAUAACAAAAAAUUCAAUGUUCAAAUUUCCUUUAACUCUAUCGAAUCUUCAAAUUUCACCGUCAACCGAAUCCCUGUUAUCCCUACCAUCACAAUAUACGCCAAUAAAUUCUACAAUGUCAUCGUUAUCUUCUUCUAAUAGAAUAAUCGAUGCAGAUAAGUUAAAUAUAUUUAUGAAAACGUUAAAUAAUGUUACAACAAAUUACUUUUUAAAUGAUCCUUCUGUGUCAUCAUUGUUGCCAGUGCCUGCGUUACAUUCAAUGUCCAAUAGUUCACUGUAUACAGAUUUAUUAUCAUCUCUUUCAUCACAAAUGUCAACAACAACAACAACAACACCAGCAACGCCAACGCCAAAAUCAAAUUUAUUAAAUAAUUCAAUUGAGCAGGUUGAUUUAUUAAGAUGUUUAAAUAAUUUCAAUGAUAAAUAUCAUUUAGAAGGAUUAAAAGAGUAUGAUCAAGGUGUUCAAUAUGUUGAACAAGAUGUUUCUAAAAAUAAUAGUAAUAAUAUUAAUCACGAUGAUGGUAAUAGUAAUAAUAAUAAUCUCUUACUUAUGAUGAUGUUAAUGAUGUUUAUGAAACGUAAUAUUAUCGAUUCAUAUACAGAAACAUCGAAUCAUUUACAGGGGAAUGUAUCAUUCACAUCGACGUUACCAACGUCAACGUCUUCGUCUUGUUGUUGUUCGUCACCAUUAACAACGAUGACAACAACAACACCGACAGCGACGGCGAGAUUAGCAUCUACGACAUCAGCUGUCUUAACAUCCACAACAACAACAACGUCAUCAUCCUCGUCAACUGUCACUUCAGUCAAUCAUUUCACAGAUGAUAUGAUCUAUCAUCAGAGAUCAAUACGUCUACAUGAUCGAUCUAAUUAUCAUCAGACACAACAACAACAACAACACCAAUCGAAUCAUCUCUAUCGUCGUCAAAAUCAAUCAAUAAACAGUCCACAACAUCAUUAUAUUGAUUUAAUGGAUGAAUUCGACCCUGUUAAACAAUGCCCUACUCUUGGUACUACUAUCACAAGUCUGCAUAAUAAUAAUACAUCGAAGUUGAAUACGCGGCAAUUAAGCGUAUGUAUUGAUAAAUUAGCUCAAAGUAAUUUGAAUAGUACGUCGACAAAUACUCAUACUCAGACCAUUGUUACUCCUACUUCCGGUAUUAUGGAGGAUGAUAAUAAUAUCAAUAAUAAUAGUAAUAGUAAUAAUAAUGAUAAUGAUAAUAACUAUUAUACAACUGAUCCAUACGCGGCGAAUAAUUCAGAUAAGAUCGAUACAACAUUAGUUCAACGAACAGAAUUAUUAGAUUCUGAAUUAUGGAAACAUUUUCAUAGUAUGACUACUGAAAUGGUGAUCACAAAAUCUGGACGUCGAAUGUUUCCAUCCUUUAAAGUUCGUGUCACUGGAUUGGAUAGAACUGCCAAGUAUAUUAUGCUGUUAGAUAUUGUUUCACGUGAUGAACAUCGUUAUAAAUUUCAAAAUGGUAAAUGGACAAUUGCUGGCAAGGCGGAUCCUGAACCCUAUCGUAAACCGUAUAUUCAUCCAGACUCUCCAACAACCGGUGAAGAGUGGAUGCAUAAGCCCAUAUCAUUUCAUAAAUUAAAAUUAACAAAUAAUGUUACUGAAAGACAAUCUUUUCAAGCUGUACUGAAUUCAAUGCACAAGUAUAUUCCAAGAUUUCAUAUUGUUCGUGCAGAUCAUUUGAAUAAAAUGAAUAUGGCAGAUUUUGUAACAUUUAUCUUCGAUGAAACAGAAUUUAUUGCUGUAACAGCUUAUCAAAAUGAAAGAAUAACACAAUUGAAAAUAGACAAUAACCCAUUCGCCAAAGGGUUUCGAGACAAUGGAAGCGGGCGUCGGGAGAAAAAAGGUUUACGACUACGCUAUAAGCAUUCAUUGAAUACACCAGAUCCUUAUGAACAUUUCGAUGCUGUUGAAAGAGAUUUGAUAAGACAACAACAGCAGCAACAAGAGCAACAACAACACCAACACCAACAGCACCUCCAUCAUCACCAACACCAACAGCAACAUCAACAGUAUUCAACUGAUUUAUAUGAUUUAAAUGAAAAUAUUAAAUUAAGAUUACAAAAUACAAUCAACUCUACAGCUUAUACAAAUCGAUUAUUAUUUAAUCAUAAUCCUAAUAAUAAUAAUGAUAAUUUGGGAUUUGAAUUGAAAUCAACCCCUGCUAAUCGUCAUUUUAUCAAUGGAUCGCCGAAUCCUUCAUCAUAUUAUGGUUCACCGGAUCAUUUGACUUCAUUUUCAGCGCAUAAUUUAAAUGUCCUCAAUUGUAAUAAUAAUAAUAAUAAUAAUAAUGGUAAUAAUGGUAAAAAUGGUAAUAAAUUAAACGAUUUAUCAUUGAUUACUGAUUUAUCAAGUGAUAAACAAUCAGCUGCCAAAGAUUUAUUGUCGUCAUCCUCUUCGUCAUCACCGCAUCAAAUAUGGCCAGGUUGUUUCGAUCAUAUAUCACCACCAACUAGUGGUACAUUUAUCCCGACAAGUUUGUCACGAAGUCAGCAUACUGUACAUCAUUGUCCAAAAAUAUGCAAGUCAGUGUAUUUAACUGAAUUGGAUAAAAUCAAUAAUUUAUCUACUGACCAAUAUACUACUGAUAUCCAAAAUCAGCUAUCAACACAAUAUCACUGUCAGAGUAAUCAACUUGGUGAUGCACAUACUACUAUUAUGAGUAGUAGUUGUACUACUAAUACCACCACUUUCACUACUACUCCUAAUAAUAACAGCAAGGGAUUUAUAACGCCUGGCUUACCAUUCCUGUCUAUUGUUGACUCGUCUUCAUUACUGUCUUCAACGAAAUCCCUGAGAACAGUGACUAAAACAUCAACACCUACACCGACACCAACUCCGACAAACUACCUUCAACAACUGCCUCAGUUUGCAGUGUCAUCAUCUGCUUUCAGCGCAAUUUCAGCCCUUAGUCGAGGGGAUUUUCAAAUGAUUUCAGAGAAUUUAAAACGUAAUUAUGAAGAGAUGAAUAGGCAUUGUCAAGAGGAAGAGCUUGCUACAGUACAGAGUUGUACUACUUUCGAUGGAUUAAAAGUAGAGUAUUCUCCCAAAAAGAAACAACACAUUGACAGAAAAUUCUUCCCUUCAAUACAUGAGUCAAUAAUCCCUAGACAAUCAAAUGACAAUUACUCAAUGCCCACAUCAAUUAACAAGAAUCUACUAUAUCCUAUUCAUGGAAACAAGACUGACGACAAUGCUAAGCAUGAAACUAUUGAAGAUGAAAUCAGCCAUUCAACAAAUCUGUCUUGUCCUUCAUCAUUACCAUCGUCAUUGUCGUUGUCGCCAUCUUCAUCUACAGCGCCUAUUUUAAAUCAUCAAAUCAAUUCACAGAAAAGAGGUUUCAAUAUCAGUUGUCUGUUAAAAUGAUUUCAUUCAAUGGAUUUGCAUUUUGUUUUGCCUCUCUUCUGAAUCAGUUCAACUGUGUAUUAUACAUAUUAUUAUUAAUAUUAUUACAGUAGACUAGAGUGAUUACAACACACUUGUACAUAGAGAACAUAUCUACAGAUUUCUGUCUGUUAUCCAACUCUUUCUUAGCCUUCAUUGUGAUCUCCUCUGUCUGUCUGUCUUCUUCUUCGCCUCGUGUCCCUUCCCUGUCCUACUUUCUUUUGAGUUUUAUUAUAUACUUUCCUCAAAAUGUUUCUUUUGCAAAGGUUAUUUUCUCAAGUUAUUGUAAACAGACUUUAAUUGACACUUCAGUCAAAUGAUAGUAGUAAUAACAAGAGGUAUGGAGACGUUGACAGUAGUGAUGACGUAGAGUUCAAAAAAGGUGAACUUCGUUGCACAACAUUCACCUUUCAUUAUUAUUAUCAUCAUCAUCAUUAAUUAUUCCCCAUAGAUAUCCUCCACACGUAGAGAGACAGGAUGCCCUUAUAUGUUCAUACUGUGAACAAAAGUUUUUCUUGUUUAUUUAUUUGUUGGUUUGAUGGUGAUGAGGAGGAGGUGGGUAUGAUUGUGAGACGUCUUCGCUACUCAUCUUAUUGUUGUUGUUAUUGCUGUUGUCAUUCUUUCGUCUAGUCCAUGAAAAAAGAAAGAAAGAGAGAAAGAACAACUGUACAUAUUAGGGGUACACUUUCAUAUCUUUCUUCGCUUACUUGUAAUCAUAUAAAAUUCCGAAGCAUAAUAAUAAUGAUAAUAAUAAUAGUAAUGAAGAUCGAGGAAGUUUCAGUACUGACACUUACAUCCUACUUUUACUAGUCAUUAAUUAUGAUGCUAGAAUCUCUAUUGAUCAUCACAAUAUAUAAAACAAAGACUAGGUGAGAAUAAUCGAGCGCUUGGGCCAGUAAGACAAAUGGGGUAAAAUGUCAAAGAAAGCUUCAACAAUUGUGAACCUUCUUUAUUUCUCUUUUUACUUUGUGUAUUUUAAUUAUUAUUAUUAUUAAAUAGUAAAAUCUAAUUGAUAUUUCCCUUGUUCAGUUGUUACAUUUGUUUGUGUGAUUGUUUUUUGGUUGGUAUUUGGCUUUUUUUCCACUUUAUUAUAAGUUUAAUUUCCCACUUUUAAAUUAGGCGCAAUAAUGUUGUAAAGUGAAAUUGAUGAAUUUAAACAAAACAAAAAAGGUUUUUCGUCAUCAUCAUCAUUAUCAAAAAUGUAUCUUUUAUUGUUAAUAAUUACUGAUAAUAAUAAUACUUUUAAUGCUACAAUAUUUAAUCAGUAAAUUUAUUUUAUUUUCAUUAUGUUGAAAUAUAAAUAAGAAGAAAUAUUAAAUGAGUAAAAAUACCUACCUACCUAAUAUAGCAUGACUUUUCUUUUGAGUGAUUCAUUCAAAAAAAGGAAGGAGUACUGGAUAUCUUUUGUCGGCCUAGUUCGGGGGCUAGUUCAGUAUCAACGGUCGAAUACACGGC